AAAGGUGUCAUCUCAUCACCUGCUCAAUUUGCAAUGUCCUUUCAACUAAAACUACUAAGCAAAAAAAAAAUUAGAAUAUAAUAUUCUUCAUAGAUAAAACAGAACAAAGAAUCAUUACAUUAUAAAAACCAAUAAUUCGAGGCUAGUAUGCUCCAAGAAUUUUGCCCUCCUUGAAGGUUCUUCCUCUUUUUUCUUCCUCAGUUAAUUAUUACUAUGCUAUCAUUAAUCAACUUUUAUGGUUAUAAUAUUCCUCCUUUUGCAAAUGUGAAGAAAUUUUCUCCUUUAAAAUCCAAGACCUUUGGUCUCUUUGCAAGCAACAAAUCUCAUACAUACUUAGCCAAUAUGGAAGAAGAAAGCAACAAAUCUCAUAUUUACUUAGCCAAUAUGGAACAAGAAAGAAAAGAUGAAGUUCUUCAAGAGAGAUCAAUGGAUAUUAGUCUUAAAGACCUCUCUAAGCAACUUGAAGAUUUUGCUAAGGUUAGAAAUUGGGAAAAGUAUCACAGCCCUAGGAAUUUGCUACUUGCCAUGGUAGGUGAAGUAGGGGAGCUAUCAGAGAUAUUCCAAUGGAGAGGAGAAGUAGAUAAAGGGUUACCAAAUUGGGAGGAAUCAGAUAAAGAACAUCUUGGUGAAGAGUUAUCUGAUGUUUUGCUUUAUCUUAUUAGAUUGGCUGAUAUUUGUGGUAUUGAUCUUGGUGAUGCUGCUGCUAAGAAGAUGAUCAAGAACUCUAUCAAAUAUCCUGAGCCCAAAGUCUUUUGACGAAAUGAGGAUUUAUAUAAUCGAGCUCAACUUAUUUGUGACUGAGUCUUGAUAGCUAUUGUUAUUUUUACCAAGUGUAUCAUGAGAAGAGUUUUUGGUUUGUGAUGAAGGAAAAGAAAUGAUCAUUUUGGUGAGGCUAACAAAUAAAAAAUAUAUACACUUGUUAUUAAACUUU